UUGGGAUACGGCUGAAUCCCCAUGCCCCCUGCCGCGUCCGCCCCUGAUGCCGCGGCGGCCGACGGGGACCCGGAGGCGGCGCCACCGGUGCCGACUUACCGGUCACUGGCAGCGCCCGUCUGCAACCCGGUCGACAAGUUCGCGCUCCUCCCUGCCUUCCUCAAGGUUAGAGGCCUUGUGAAGGAGCACAUUGACUCUUUUAACUACUUCAUCACCAAAGGAAUAAAGAACAUCAUCCAGGCAAACAACCGAAUUGAAGCGCGCAGUGAUCCAUCCAUUUAUCUUAGGUACAAAGAUAUACACAUUGGCGUGCCCUCGUUACAAGUAGAUUUUAGAGUUGAGAAUAUCACCCCACAAUUUUGCCGCCUAACUGAUCGCACCUAUUCUGCCCCUGUGUAUGUUGAUAUUGAGUACACUGUCGGAAAGGCACAUACGUUGUACAGGAAGUCAAAUUUCAUCAUUGCGAACAUGCCUAUUAUGCUUCGAAGUUAUGCCUGUGUGUUGAAUGGAAAGGAUGAAGCUGAACUAGCGAGAUAUGGCGAGUGUCCUCUUGAUCCUGGUGGUUACUUCGUUGUGAAAGGAACCGAAAAGGUCGUCCUAAUACAAGAACAACUAUCAAAGAAUCGUAUUAUUAUCGACACCGAUAAUAAAGGAAGGGUUAUUGCAUCUGUUACCAGCAGCACACAUGAAGUAAAAAGCAAGACAGUGAUUGUCAUGGAUAAAGAGAAGAUUUAUCUACAGCUGAAUCGGUUCACUAAGCCGAUUCCUAUAAUAGUGGUUAUGAAAGCUAUGGGAAUUGAAACUGACCAAGAGGUUGUACAAAUGGUUGGAAGAGAUCCAAGAUACGGUGAUCUCCUAUAUUUGUCUCUUCAGGAAUGUGCCACAGAAAGAAUAUAUACACAACAGCAAGCUUUGCGGUACAUGGAUGACAAGGCGCUUCCUGGUGCAGGAAAUAUAAAGGACGGUCAGGCAAAAGUUCUACUUCGUGAUGUUUUUGUUGCGCAUGUACCGGUUAAAAAUGGGAACUUCCGGCCAAAGUGCAUUUACACUGCUGUAAUGUUAAGGCGCAUGUUGGAUGCGAUCUUGAACUCUGACACCUUUGAUGACAAGGAUUAUGUUGGAAACAAGAGGCUUGAGCUGUCUGGUCAAUUAGUAUCCCUGCUUUUUGAGGAUUUGUUCAAAACAAUGAAUGAGUUUGUUAUGCUGCGUAUGAACAAAAACAGUGACAUGGCCCGUUCCAGUCCGUUGGAUUUUAGCCAGUUGAUACAGCAGGAUACUACCAUAACCAGUGGUUUGGAAAGAGCUAUUUCCACGGGAAAUUGGGACAUUAAACGAUUUAAGAUGCACAGGAAAGGUGCAUCACAGGUUCUGUCUAGGCUAUCAUACAUGGCAUCUUUAGGCUACAUGACACGUAUAACACCACAAUUUGAGAAGACCAGGAAAACAAGUGGGCCGCGUGCUUUGCAGCCUAGUCAGUGGGGUAUGCUUUGUCCUUGUGAUACACCAGAAGGGGAGGCAUGUGGAUUGACAAAAAAUUUAGCUUUGAUGACUCAUGUUACUACAGAUCAAGAGGAGGGCCCACUAAUGAAUCUGUGUUACAGCCUAGGCGUGGAAGAUUUGUCACUUCUCUCUGGAGAAGAAAUCCAUGCACCGGGUUCAUUUCUGGUCAUGUUCAAUGGAUUAAUACUGGGGAAGCACAGGCAGCCUCAGAGAUUUGCUAAUUCUAUGAGAACAUUUCGUCAAUCAGGCAAAAUUGGAGAGUUCGUAAGCAUUUUUGUGAAUGAGAAACAGCACUGCAUUCACAUUGCCUCUGAUGGUGGCCGUGUUUGUCGCCCACUUAUAAUUGCUGAUAAGGGCAGGUCAAGGGUUACAGAGCAUCACAUGAAAGAACUGCGGGAUGGUAUUCGUUCAUUCGAUGAUUUUCUGCGUGAUGGGUUGAUUGAAUAUCUUGACGUCAAUGAAGAAAAUAAUGCAUUGAUUGCAUUGUAUGAGCACGUGGAUCAAGAUGAUGUUGAAAGAAGCAGCAUCACUCACAUUGAAAUAGAGCCAAUGACCAUAUUAGGAGUUGUAGCUGGACUUAUUCCUUAUCCACACCAUAACCAAUCUCCACGUAACACCUAUCAGUGUGCAAUGGGUAAGCAAGCGAUGGGGAAUAUUGCGUAUAAUCAGUUGUUUCGAGCAGAUUCUCUACUUUACUUACUAGUGUACGCGCAACGCCCCCUGCUUACAACAAAAACAAUUGAGUUGGUGGGAUACGAUAAACUUGGGGCUGGGCAGAAUGCAACUGUAGCUGUCAUGAGUUAUAGUGGAUAUGAUAUUGAAGAUGCAAUUGUGAUGAACAAAUCAUCUCUUGAUCGAGGUUUUGGUCGUUGCAUAGCAAUGAAAAAGUACACUGUAAUAACGGAGAAAUCAGACAGGAUUGCUAAACCACAAAGAGAUAAAGAUGGUGACUUGAUAAAGCAAAAUAUGCGGGCAUUGGAUGAAGAUGGAUUUGUUGCACCUGGUCAAAUAAUCCGCAAUCAUGAUAUCUAUGUGAACAAGCAAACACCAAAGGUUGCCACGACAGCUCCAGGUACUGUGUUAACGAGCAGGGACUAUAGAGACUCACCUGCUGUUUACAAGGGUGUUGAUGGCGAGACUACUGUUGUGGAUCGCGUAAUGCUUUGUUCGGAUACAAAUGACAAAUUGACCAUUAAGUGUAUUAUCCGUCACACUAGGAGGCCAGAGGUAUUGACUUAGUCGGUAAACGGAAAAUUGGUUAUUUACCCAAAACUUCU